AUGGCAACUGCCACUGAAUUUGCCCCUACCACACCAAAGCCGGGGAGCCUUAUUUCGGCUACUGCGUCUCAGAAUAUUGACAUGGAAGAAAAUACUAAGAAUGGCGAAGAAAUGGGUACCGGGUUUGACCAGAGCGACAUGACGCGCAUGGGUAAAAUCCAGGAACUCAAGAGAAAUCUUCGCCCUCUGGCUGCUCUGAGCUUUGCAUCGGUACUCCAGGCUACCUGGGAAUUUCUGCUGAUAGGAAACACUGAAGCGCUCGUGAACGGCGGCAGGGCCGGUUUAUUCUGGACUUACAUGUGGACCUUUGCUGGAUUCGGACUGAUUAUUCUGACAAUGUCUCCAACCUCUGGUGGCCAGUAUCACUGGGUUUCCGAACUUGCAUCUCCCCGCUAUCAACGCGUUUUGAGCUAUAUCACUGGCUGGAUGUCGGUACUCGCGUGGCAAGCUGGCGCAGCGUCGGGCUCAUUUCUGACCGGCACCAUCAUACAAGGGUUAAUUAGUGUGAAAGACCCAAGCUAUGAGCCAGAGAAUUGGCAGGGCACACUGUUCGUUUUUGCCAUGAUCCUAGUCAUCUACUUUUUCAAUGUCUACGCGGCCAGUUGGAUGCCCCGUAUUCAAAACCUACUGUUGGCAUUGCACAUCCUUUGCUUUGUGGUAGUCAUAACCGUCCUGUUGGCCAUGGCCCCACGGCAACCUGCGAGUGUCGUAUUCCUGGAAUUUAGUAACACUGGCGGGUGGUCCAGCAUGGGAUUGGCCCUAAUGGUUGGUCAGAUCUCUGCUAUUUACGCCGGGCUCAGCACCGAUGCCACGGCGCACAUGUCCGAGGAAGUUCGCGAUGCUGGUAGAUACGUGCCGAUCGCUAUGGUCUGGGGCUUCUUUACCAAUGGCACCAUGGCUGUUGUUCUGGUAAUUACCUAUCUUUUCGCCAUGCCAUCCCUGGAAGAUGCCCUUCAGGAUCCAACUGGCUUCCCCUUCAUCUAUGUUUUCAAGAAUGCAGUUGGGACUGCUGGAGUUAACGGUCUCACGGCCAUCAUCCUCAUCCCGGUCAUUUUCAGCAAUAUCCUCUUCAAUGCAUCAACAGCGCGCCAAACCUACGCCUUCGCUCGUGACAAAGGCUUGCCGUUUGCCAAGUGGAUCUGCAAGGUCAAUCCGAAGCGGAGGCUUCCCGUGAAUGCCAUUGGAUUAUCUUGUGUUAUCAGUGGUCUUCUAGCCUUGAUCAACAUCGGUUCUGACACAGCGUUUCAUGCGAUCAUUUCCCUCAAUGUUGCAGCACUAAUGUGGACCUAUGUCGUGUCAAUCGGCUGUUUACUAUACCGCAGACUAUCCUGUCCAGAAACACUGCCUCCACAGCGCUGGAGCAUGGGGAAAUAUGGAAUUUGGGUGAACGCAGCAGCCCUGGUAUAUGUAGUAUUUGCCUUCUUCUUCUCCUUUUGGCCCAGAAGUACUCCCGUCACUCGCACCACUUUCAACUGGAGCGUGGUCAUAUUUUCGGCCGUUUUCAUCAUCAGUGUGGUGAUGUACAAUAUCAAGGGACAAAAGGAAUAUGCGGGACCGGUGAUGUCUGUGAAACGCGACGGAAUACCGCAGGCCCGGGUCAACCGACAUAGCAUUCGCCGAGAGAUUUAG